UCUCUUAGCCUAGUAUUUGUUGUAACAACACGAGAAUGUAAAGGGGACUUUUAACCAGCAUUUACGUUUAGUUAAAUAUGUAUGAGUUACUUAUGGGCUAAAUAAAGCAGCAGUCACUGUGUCAAUAAGGCCACCCUCGACCGAGGAAUGCGCUUCGUCAUAAAGUUCUCCCUGGGGGUAAGAAGAAGAAGGAGGUCGGGGAGGGAUAAGGAGGAGGUUUGUUCUCAGCAGGGACUUUCCUCAUUGCCCUCCAAAAAAAGUGAAAUCACAGGGCACCGUGCCGGAGAUGUUACCCGGUGUCGCCACGGAGGAGAUAUGCGGGCCUGUGCGCUGCGGUGGGGCCGAGGUGGUCUCCCCCUCCGUUCGGGAAUACUUCUUAUUUUAAUCCCACCGUUUCUCCUAGCGCUCCAGCUCCUUGUCGUCGGGCCACGGUUACCUCGAGGCGCAAGGGCGGAGGUGGAGGAACAAGAAAUUGCCUUUUCGGUUAUCAGCAUUGAACCGGAGAGGAACUCGCGCCAACAGGAAUCCCCGUCCCGGCGUCCGGGUCUGAAGGAGGAAGAGGAGGAGGUAGAGGUGGAAGAUGCGGAGAGAAGGGAGGAAGCACGCGCCUAUGAGGAUGAGAACGAGAUGCACUCGCGCCAGAUGGGACCCACAACACUGGAAGUCCAGCCCUGGGCGACAGACAAGCCGUCCUUUGCAGCAGAACUCAAUCGUAUCAUCACAUAUAUCACCAGGCCACAGCUGAACUGCUCCAAGGUUUUGUCUCCAGGCCGGGCUCAGGCCUCACAGCCCCCUACAGUUCCCCCCCACUGGCUGCUGUGUGCGGAGGACUGGCUCCUUCCAGCUGCAGAUACACUGUGUGUUGCCUACUCCUUUAGUAUGGAUGGGGGUGAUGCAGACUUUCUAAAGGCUGUGUCAGGGCUGGGAUGUGAAGUCCACAGUUUUGAUCCCAGCAACUCCAAUGCAUCUGGUGGUCACCUUGGCAAUAGUUUGGCCAAUAACCAUAGUAAUGGAGGCGUGGUCAGCCAGCACAAGAUGUGGCUGGAGUGGCGUGCUCCAAGGAAGCGCAAGCAGAAAACAAGAGGCAACUUGGGUAGUGUUUCUCAAACACUGGCAGACAUAAUGGCAGCUCUAGGACAUCACACAGUUCACUUCCUGUAUGCUGAUCUGCUAAGUGCUGAGUGGAGAGUUUUCCAGAACUUGAUUGAGUUGGGAACUCUGCAGAGUGUCCAUCAUCUGGUUGCCACAGUGCACCUGCAAUGGGCAGGGUUUGAGGUGGGCGGAACCAAUGAGGAAGUGCUCCGCUAUUGGUUCAGUGUCCUACUUGGUCUCCAAGCUUCUGGACUCAAUCUGGUCCACAGCUUUGCAGGAGAGGGUCACAGUGUCCUAAAACAGACACUAGCAAACGUUCACAGCUCCUACACACUCAGCUGGGCCAACACAAGACGAUGACUGUGACAUGAUUAUUGGUUUGCAUGUAUCAUGAUUUUGAUAUUGUAUUAGAAAAAAAGUGG